AUGUCGCCGCUCCGACGGUCUGCGCGGGCUGCUGCCGCCGCCGCUUCUGCGACAUCCCCGCCCCCUCCCGUGCCAUCGCCGCAGGCUUCGCCGUCCAAGCCAGACCGCAAGCGAAAGCGCGGCCAGCAGCCUGAAGCCGUGCAAGAGGCGCAACCAGCCGCAGCUGCCGCAAAGCCCUCCGCCUCCUCUCAGCCCGAGAGCGCCAGCCAGGCCUCCCGGAAGGCUGCCUCGACCACCGUUAAUGGCGAUGCCGCUGCCGACGGCCCAUCUCAGUCAAACGGCGCUCCGUCGUCGACGAGCGAGAGCAAGGAUCGACCAGCAGAGGCAGAGGUCGACGUGGCCGAUCCGCCAUCCGAGUUCGACGAGUAUCGCGCUCUUCUCGGGAUUAGCCGCGCUGCUGUGAAGAGCCAUGAUGAGGGCGCGAAGGGGAUCCGAAACGUCGAUCGCUAUGAGCUCAAGCUCCUCGAUGCAGACGCGAUCAAGCUCAAGGCGGUGCUCUCUAGCCUGGCGCCAGAACUCUUGACUGCAAAGAGGUCGUCGACCAAGGCGCGACAGGCGAACGGAGCUGCAGGCGGAGGGAAGGCCUCGCAGCGAGGCGACAAGCUACCGUUCGCGAACCUGGAGGAAGCGUUCACAGAAGGCACCCGGCUGCGCGACCUUAGGGAGCAUCUGUUGAGCUUGAGGAUGCCGCUUCUCGAGGACGCCAGGCUGCUGCAGGAGCUGGCCACUGAGCCUUUGUCGGAUGGGAUGCAGCACCAGAACAAAGAGGUCGAGGAGAAGCGUAGCACGCUCUGCUCGCUGACACUGAUUCUCAGCCUGGUCGACCAACUGGCGAGGCGCUACCGCGAGACCGACGACCAGGGCGAGAUCGUCAAGGGCGACUUGCUGGCCAGCCUGGUGGAAGCACGGGCCGACGCGCUCGAGGCCAGACGUCGUCGGAAGGCGGUGGAGGGUCAAGCGAGGAUCAAGGCAGAGCCCACCGACGACGAGCUCCUCCGAGAUGGCGUGGCCUCCAUCGAAUCUGGACAAGCGCCGGGCCAGUACGCGCUCCACAUGCGGCUGCCGCGCGGCGACUUUUUCUCCAAGCCGGUUCACCUCGAUAGCGAGGCGCUCGGGAAGAUCGAUCCAGGGCAAGCCAACUUGGUCGCGAUCGCCCCAGACUUUAAGCCCGAACCGCGCACGCAAGGACUGAGGCGGGACGCGAACAAGACGAGGCCGACCCUUGGCGAGAGGUCGGUCGCGAGCAGGGCGGCCAAGAGGCAACACAGGGCCAUGGCAGACGCGCCAAUGGGCGCUGGCGACGGAAUGAAGCCAGUCAUGUUCCUCCGCUACGGCAAUUAUGCCUCCUUCGCGCCGUCGCACGACUCGACUGCGGCGACGAUGUCGCACACGGCCAGCGUCCGAGUCUGGACAAACCAAACCCGGGCUCGAGCCGGCGUGCUGGCUGUCUGGGGACCGCGGGCCCAUUGCAAUGGGCUUUUGCGCGGUCCUGACGCCGAGCGGGAUCAGACCGUCUCGGAGCCGCCUCGUCUGCAGCUGGCUGCUCCUGCAAGUGAGGCCAACGAAGACGAACUCCAACUCGAUGGCCUCGACCAGUCGCUCGACGCCCAGGCGAUCAAGGCGGGUCUGGCGCAGCUCGAGAAGGACGAGAAGAUCUCUGCGCAGCUGCAGCGCAACUUGAUCCUGCUCAAGGAACUGCAAGAGGCGCAGUGGGAUCGUCUGAGGCGGUCGUUCAGGCCCAAACCGGCGAAGGCAUCUCCAUCGUCCACGGCGGCGAGCAAGAGGCGCGACCCAUCGAAGGACGGGGAGCUCGAGCCGAGUGCCGAAGAGGAGACGAUCGCGGCGGCCCUGCUCGAUUCCCUCGCCUCGCUCAUCGCGCUCCAGCCGCAUGCUGCAGACGUCGGGUCGGGCACCAUGCUCAAUGUGCUCCCGGGGCGAUCGACGAUCAGCAACUUCUCGCGCACGAUCGGAGCCAUCGAUCCGACCUUGAGCGGCCAAGAAAGCCGCUCUGAUUACUGGGGUACCCUGGACGACUCGCUCUACCAGCCCGGUGCACGGUACCCUGGCGUUCGCGCCGGUCCGGGCCCUGGCGGCUCACCCCUGCUGAUCCGCAGCAAUAGCACCGUCCGACUCAACCACGGAGGCGGUGCAUCUGCUGCAUGGCGCGGGGAACUGCCGCCUGCGACGCUCGAAAAGGGCAAGGGCAUGCUGGAAAAGUUUGCAUCGAGCCGGCUGUACAGCGACAGGGAGGACAGACAUGAGAUCGAGCUCCUGUCCGCCGAGGCGCAGCCGGGCGCGAGGCGGCCACUCUCACCAGAGAAGAUGCCGGGCGGCGGGUAUCCUCAGAGGGCGGGCUCGGGCGGGCCGCAUGCGACCAGUUCGCCGUCGGCGACCCACGCCAGCGCCGCCAGCCCGGCCGUGCAAAGCCGAGCGCAACCGCGACAGCCCAUGCCGCCUGCACAGCAACCUCAGCACCCGCAACAGCCGCAACACCAUCCCGUGCAGCAGCAGCAACAGCAACAGCAUUAUCCCGGCACGCCUGCGCGGUACCCACCCGGCGGCCAUCCGUCCUCAUCGUAUGCCCACCCGCCGAAUGGCGUGUCGCGACAGCCGCUGCCACAGCAGCAGCCCGGACCGGCCUACCAGCAGGCGGCGACGUCCGGUGUUCGCAGCUACGGCCCGCCCUCGGCCCCGUCCGCGAGCCCGAGUGUCGCGCCGGGGGGCGGCCUGUCGUAUGCGUACGCUUCCCCCGCUCCUCCUGCGCGGUCGUACGGAUACAAUCCCACCACGCCGCAGCCCACGGCGUCGUACCCGACAAAGGUGGUCUACCCGGCGUCGGCAAGCCCUUCAAAGAGCUAUGCCUACCCGGCUCCUGUCGCGCACCAGGCUGGCGGCUACCCUCAGCCGGCGGACUGGGCCCACCAGCAGCAGCAAGCGAGGGCAGCAGGCCAGCUCCAUGGCGGUGGCGGCCCGCCGUACUACGCUCAAGGCCACGCGAUGUCGCCGCAGCAACAACACCAGCAGCUUCAUGCGCACCAGCACCAUCGCCCUCAGCAGCCGCAGCCGCAGCCGCAGCCGCAUGGGCAGCAGCAGCAGCAGCACUACCCGUACCAGGCGCAUCAGAGCGCAUAUCCGCCGUACGCCAUGCGAUGA